AUGAAUGUGUGGAAGAGCGGUGGAAGGAUUUCCAGUCGUUGGUUGUUCGUUGGUAGCUCUGCAGUGCCGUUGUUGGGUAUUCUGAGCCAGCUGCCGAGGCCACGCCUGAUGCAGAGGACCCAAAAGCAGAGCAGCCAGCUGCCGAGGCAAAGCCUGACGAGCUCGCUGCCGACACCCCGAAGGCAGAUCUGGCGGCUGAAGCGCCAGCUGCCAAACCAGAGCUUGCCGACACCCCGAAAGCAGAGCUUGCUGCUGAAGCUCCCGCUGCCAACUGAGUGGCCUGUUGUAGCGGCAAAGCCUGACAUGGCUGGUCAAGGCAAAGGCUCCUGGGGCAAAGGUGUUUGGGCCCAAUGCCAUGGAGCCUUUGGCAAAAGAGCUUCAGGCCAGGGAGGCUGCGCCCAAGGCUACGGAGCGCGUGGCAAGGGCAGUGUGGGCCACUACUAUGGAGGGUUUGGGCAGGGAGGCUGGGGCUGCAGCUACGGCGUGUAUGGCAAAAGUUGGGGCCAGUACUAUGGAGGCUCUGGCAAGCGAAACUGGUACGGCGUGCAUGGCAAGGGCAGUUGGGGCCAAUACUCUGGAGGGUUUGGGCAGGGAGGCAGGGGCUGCGGCUACGGCGUGUAUGGCAGCCAGUACUAUGGAGGCUCUGGCAAGCGAAACUGGUACGGCGUGCAUGGCAAGGGCAGUUGGGGCCAAUGCUAUGGAGGAUGUGACAGGGCAGGGUGGGGCAGCGGCUACGGCAAGGGCAGGCGGGGCCAAUACUCUGGAGGACAGGACAAGGGAGGCUGGGGCCGUGGCUACGGCGUGUGUGGCAAGGGCAGUUGGGGCAAAUACUAUGGCGGAUGUGACAAGGGAGGCUGGGGCCACGGCUACGGCAUGUAUGGCAAGGGCUGUUGGGGCCAGGGCCAACCUGCAGUGGCCGGCAGUUGA